GUCUGAGAUGUUUAUUCUGCUGGUAUCCACACUGUUGACCUGGGUGGCAUCUUCUGAUUCCAGAGCUGAAAACUCUGUGUUUGUGCUGGAGGGGAGCUCCUAUCGUCUGGAUGUGCAGGGAUAUGAUAAACUCCAGAUCAGAUCCAUGUUAUGGAAGUUUAAUAGAACUGCAAACAUACUGCAAUACAUUAAGGAAAUUAACUAUAUAAGUACAUAUGGAAAUUUUGAGAACAGGGUGGAAUUUGACCAGAGGAACCUCUCUCUGCUGCUGAAGAACAUGCAGGAGAGAGACAGCGGAAUCUACACAGCAAUAAUAACUGAUGAGAGUGGAACAGACAGAGAUGUUGCUGCGUACACACUCUCUGUUCAAGUGGCCACGCCCAAACCACAGCUGAGCAUGGAGUUACUCUUCUCUGAUGGAGGAUACUGCAAUGUGUCGGUGAACUGCUCAGCUAAAGAUGACUGGGCCUCCUACACCUGUGACCACACCCACUGCACACAGGUAGCAUCCAAAACCCCACCUUCAGGAGUGAACAUCAUCGUUACAGCAAUCAAUGGAUACAUCCACUGUAACAGCAGUAACUGGGUCAGCAUGGAGACCCAAUCAGAACGCAACCUCUGCUCUGUCUCUCCUGCAGCGCCCCCUGCAGGUCUCUCAGUGUGUUUGCUGAAGACAGCGCUGUUCUCUGUGGGUCUGGUUGCCAUGGUGUCAGCUGUUAUCACAGUCCAUAUGAGAGGGAGGUGCUGCAGGUGAGUCCAGGUAAUUCCCGGGAUUUUACCUGCUGCCACUCUUGGUACACGUCAUACUCUGCUCUGCAGUAUUUUACUCUCUCCUACACUGUCCUGCACUCAA